ACGGAAGUGUAUUUGCAGGAGUCAUCUCGGUGACGUCCCUUCGCGGGCAGUUGCUUUAACAUGACAGUUAAUAUGAGCUUCUUAACGACAUAACGAAUAAUUUGCAUUCAGAUCGGAGAGUUUCUAUCAUGUCAGGGUGAACGGAAGCUGUGCUCGACCCAGUUACACAUGCUCAGUUAGUUUUCGACGCACUAAACUGUCAUCAUGUCGUUUCUAGUGGACUCAGUCAUUAUGUUCACCUCACAGGUUCUGUUCUUUGGUUUUGGCUGGUUGUUCUUUAUGCGGCAGCUGUUCAAAGACUAUGAGGUGCGGCACUAUGUUGUCCAGGUGGUUUUCUCUGUCACUUUUGCAUUUUCAUGCACUAUGUUUGAGCUCAUUAUCUUUGAGAUUCUGGGUGCCUUAAGCAGCAGUUCCAGGUAUUUCCACUGGAAGCUGAAUCUCUAUGUGAUUCUGCUGGUUCUAAUCUUUGUGGUGCCUUUCUACAUUGGUUAUUUUGUCGUCAGCAACAUCCGCCUAUUGCAGAGACAGCGGCUUCUUUUUGCCUGUAUGGUGUGGUUUACCUUCAUGUAUUUCUUCUGGAAGUUGGGAGACCCAUUCCCCAUCUUGAGCCCGAAACAUGGGAUUUUAUCCAUUGAGCAGCUAAUCAGUCGUGUUGGUGUGAUCGGAGUCACUCUCAUGGCUCUGCUGUCUGGGUUUGGUGCCGUCAACUGUCCCUACACCUACAUGUCCUACUUCCUCAGAAAUGUAACAGACAGUGACAUCCUUGCUCUGGAGAGACGGCUGCUUCAGACUAUGGACAUGAUUGUCAGCAAAAAGAAACGAAUUGCUAUGACCCGGAGGCAGAUGUACCAGCGUGGGGAAGACCAGAACAAACAGACAGGAUUCUGGGGCAUGAUCAAGAGUGUCACCUCUACACAAACGGGCAGUGAAAACCUCUCGCUGGUCCAGCAGGAGGUUGAUGCUCUUGAGGAGUUGAGUCGGCAGCUUUUUCUUGAGACUGUAGACCUCCAAGCCACCAAGGAGCGAAUUGAGUACUCAAAGACAUUCCAGGGAAAAUACUUUAACUUCCUUGGCUAUUUCUUUUCCAUCUACUGUGUGUGGAAAAUCUUCAUGGCCACUAUAAACAUAGUGUUUGAUAGAGUGGGAAAGACGGAUCCAGUGACGAGGGGCAUUGAAAUUACGGUGAACUACCUGGGCAUUCAGUUUGAUGUUAAGUUUUGGUCCCAACACAUUUCUUUCAUCUUGGUGGGAAUAAUCAUCGUCACAUCGAUACGUGGCUUACUCAUCACCCUCACCAAGUUCUUCUACGCAAUAUCAAGCAGCAAGUCUUCCAAUGUCAUCGUGCUCGUCCUCGCUCAGAUCAUGGGGAUGUAUUUCGUGUCGUCUGUGCUGCUGAUGCGCAUGAGCAUGCCACUGGAGUAUCGCUCCAUUGUGACAGAGGUUCUGGGAGAACUGCAGUUCAACUUCUAUCACCGCUGGUUUGAUGUCAUCUUCCUGGUCAGCGCUUUGUCCAGCAUCCUCUUCCUUUAUCUGGCCCACAAGCAGGCACCAGAAAAACACAUGGCACUCUGAUCUCCUGAAGUACAUCGCCUCUCUUUGGACUCAUGAUGCAUGGGCUAACUUUUAAAUUUGGAAUUUAGAGAUAUCCAAAAUUACAUUUUUUUUUUUAUAUGUAUAUGUUGGACAUAUUUACCUGGACUGCCUUUUCCUGAAUCAGGAAUGGUGGAUUUGGGGGAAUAAGUUUUGGGGACCUUUUGGGGCACACAGAACAACUUUGAACUCUCUCCUCUCUUGAAAUUAAAGUAUUUACAGAACAUUAUCAUUAGGUUUUUUGAUUUUGUAUUUACAAAUACAAACACUGUUUCAUUUGUUUGCUACAUUCUUUUCUUUCUUCACUGUCAUGACUGGAGCUGACCUGGAGCCUGUUCACCAUAUGUUAGUGAACGUUUCAGCUGGAUGAAAUUGUAAAUGGUUUGGUUUAAGGCCACAUUUUUCACCAUCUUGGAUUAUUUGCCACAGCAGCAUACUAAGACAACACCUACUCCUUUAACUUUAUUGUAAAUUACCAUCCAUCGAUUAUCCAAUUUCAGGGUCGCUGCAGGCCUGGAGCCUAUGCCAGCUGUCUUAGGUGAGAGGCAGAGUACGUGCUAGACAGGUGGCCAGCCUAUCACAGGGCUAACGCAAAGUGACAAACAGCCGUUCACGCUCCCAUUCACACCCAAGUUAGAACUGUCAGUUAGCUGUCAGUACCUUGAGAAACCCACGCAACCAGGGAAAUCAUGCACGCUCCACUCAGCAAGGCCUCGGCGACCUGGUGGAUUUGACCUCCUUGCUGUAAGGGAAAAGUGCUUACUGUUGCACCACCAUGCUUUCUGUUAAUUAUAAAUGACAUAAAGAUUAAAUUUCAAACUGCAGAUCAGCGCACAACCCUGGCUGCAUGGUACACUGAUGAUACCAGGAGCAUUAAAAGUGGGGAGAAAGGUGCGGGAUUGUCACGAUC